AUACAGUUAUUUCAGAUAAGGAGCAAUGCGUAAAACGUCCGUUUGAGCGCAGCUAAAUUAAAAAAAGGGAAUCUUAUCGAGAGUUUGCGAAAGUUUUUUCAGAAGAAUAUAUUUGUAUGGAAGUAUUGAUUUACAAGAGAAUUAUUUUUAUUCGGUCUCAUCAUUUCUACGAGACAUCGGCAAGAUAUCGUGGUAACAGUCGUCCGUGUAGAGCAUGUGUCGGAUACAAAAGAGGCGGGAUACAUGAUGCUGCGCAGAAUCGUAUCGGCUAUGGUGUUGCACGAUAACAUGAGUUAGACGAGCCGUAUUUAAUUGUGUAUCAGUGCGAAAAGGGACCUUGGAAAGAAUGUUGUCGAUAGCACAUACGGUCUCGCCCUCGAUAAUCGCUCUUUUAAUAUUCGGCUGUUAUUCGGGGGCUUAUGGUACCUCGAUAAAAUUCUUGGACGUGCCGCACAUUGUGCGCAACGGCACCGGACCGAUAAAUCUUAUUUGCAUCUACGAGAUUGACAAAGAUGAUAAUGGACUUGUAAUCAAAUGGUUUCACGGAGAGAAUCAGAUCUAUCAAUGGAUUCCGCCAAUGCCACCGCAAGAUAUCGGAAUCAUCAAAGAUCUCGCGGAAUAUCCGGUUGAAAACCUGAGGAAUCCGAAUUCGCAUUCUGUAAUUCGAUUGAAAACCGUUACAAUCGACAUGACAGGGGAGUAUGUGUGCACAAUCAGCACGUUCCAAUACGAGGCGAGUGCUUCAGCAAAGAUGAUUGUCUAUGUGCCGGAAAGCGACAUGACGGUGCGCACGUAUCCUUUCAACAAGACUCACGUGAAUUUAACAUGUGCGGUGACGGGUGCGCGACCACAGCCGUCUUUGAAGCUCUAUGUCGAAGGAGUCGAGAGAAACGAUCGCGGGAGCAAUUACGAAUCUUCAGAAUUUUCGACGGAUUGGUACAAGGAUGAUUAUGAGGUAUCGCUGGACGCCAUCAUCGAGGACAUGCCGGAUCCUGCAGUCGUCGAAUGCGAAAUGUCGAUUCCCAAUACGGAAUAUAAGCGCCGGGAACGGAUCGUCUACUAUCCUACGCAAUUGCUACCCUAUCGCACAAAUGUUUCACAAGGGAGGCACAACGCGAUGUUGUUUAUCGAUAUCUUUUAUGUUACCGUUCUCAGAUUAAUAUUAACAUAAGACUAUAAAAUAAACUCAGCAAUUAAUUCUAGAAAAUAGGUAUUUAAUGCAUAUUUAUUUUAGAGUCCAAGAAUAUUUGCCGUAAAAAAAUUAAAUAAAAACGCUUAUAUGUAUAUCUUAAAUGGAUCAUAUAUUAAAAAUCUAUUUUUCUAGACAUACAUUUUCUAUACAUACGCGUUAUUCGCCAAAUGGCUUCGAUUGUCCAAUGAUUUUAAUGAUUAGCAUUCGCGAUUUGAUUUCAAACAUCUUCAGUAUAGCAGAUAUUGCUAUAUUGAAGUGACAAAGCGGUUGCGUUGAGAGUGGGGAUGAAAGAGAGAUAAUCUUGGAUGGUAGGGAUGAUAUCUAGAAGUAGCGGUAUCCCUCAAGAUUAUCAUUCGCUUCUCGGCACUCAGCUCGUUCAUCUUCAAAAUUAUCAAGUUUCCAAACUCAUCAACCGUCGUACUCUUGUAAAAACGAAUACUUCAUAAAAAUGAAUCAUCCCUGGGUGCUGCUUUUUCUCGCAGUAUGCGCACUAUGGACCUUUGGCGAGACCGUUUCCUGCGAUCAGUGCGGGCGAGAAUGUGCCGAUAUCUGCGGCACCCGGCAGUUUCGCGCCUGCUGCUUCAAUAAUAUGCGGAAGAGACAUUCCGAGUUCUUCGGUCUGAAGUUUUGGAUGAGACCACGAAGAUACGCGAUUCACCUGUACCCGGCCUACGACGUUUAAUCAUUGCAGCAUAUAUCUUAUAUAUAAAUAUGGAAAUAUCGAAAUAUCUUCGACAGAAAUUAGUUACUGUGUGCUUUAAUGUUAUUAUCUGCGCACCGUUUAAUUAGAGUUGUAUAAUGUCAUUUUUGUUUCUCCCCCUUCGGCUCUUAUCUUUCUCCCCAUAAGAUAAUUCGCUUGUCAAUGCUCUCAAUCGCAAUUAAAAAUAUUGCAGCGU